CAUACGAUAGCUAAGAAACUACAGUUUGUUGUUGCAUUCCUCAGUCUAAUGUUAACGAAAGUUAUUUUUUUAUUAUUGUGUGCUAAAACAGUCAUGUUUUAUAGGACAUCUAGUUGUUUAAGACCUAACGAGGAGUUUUCUCUAUGUGGCUGGAGAUGCCCUGCCACUUGUGUUAAUUUGAGGUUAUUCGCAACAGAUAGAUGUCCAUCAAUAUGGGAUUGCCGCGUCGGAUGCCGAUGUACAGCUGGCUACGUGAGAGAUGAGUACUCCAAAGGAUGUGUCCUGGUACAGGAUUGUCCAGAUACGCCCCGGUGUCCCAAAGGAGAGGUGAUGGGAACGAACCUGCAAUGCAUCAGACGGCGGCAUAUCAUCAGUAUUAAUGAGUCACACAUGGACUAUUACAGUGUACCAUAGCAUUAAGAGUAAUUAAAUAUUUGUUUUUGUAAUUGAGGAGUUCCCCAAAUGUGAUCGAAUAUGAAUCAGAGAGGAUUCUCAUAAAUAUGUAUCUUACUUA